UUAAGGUAAGCACUACAUUACCCAUGAUCCUCUGUGUGACGUUUACGUUCAGAAGUCAUUGAGGAAGUGCAGAAGCAAAAUACUGGUUCCUUCAGUUCAGUCCACUUUACCGGUGAAUUAACUGAGUGAAUGUUUGAGCUGCAGCUCUGAUAUUAACCCUUAACCCUGAGUAUGAGACUUCACGAACACUGGACCCGACUGAACUGACUGCAACAAGCAUGAGACUCUUCCACGAGGCUUUAGAGGCAUUAGAGAGGCAAGAUGAACAUGAUCACAUUCUUUCUAGUUGGGCUUCUAGUCCACGUGGUGUUCUUCAUCUCUAUCUUUGACAUCUACUUCACCUCUCCCUUGGUUCAUGGGAUGACACCCCAGCAUGUCUCUCUGCCUCCUCCUGCCAAGCGCCUUGUGCUGUUUGUGGCAGACGGCCUGAGAGCUGAUAGCCUGUUUAAGCCAGACAUUAAUGGAACCACCAGAGCACCUUAUAUAAGAAAUAUUAUUCAGAACAGAGGGACCUGGGGGGUGUCACAUACACGAGUACCUACAGAGUCCCGCCCAGGACAUGUGGCUCUAAUAGCAGGCUUUUAUGAGGAUGUUAGUGCUGUGGCUAAAGGCUGGAAAGAGAAUCCAGUGGAGUUUGACUCUGUGUUUAAUGAAAGCAGGCACACCUGGUGUUGGGGAAGUCCUGAUAUUCUGCCCAUGUUUGCAAAAGGAGCUACUGGAGACCAUGUGCAUACCUAUACCUAUCCAGCUACAAUGGAGGACUUUGCGUCCACCGAUGCCUCAAAACUGGACACCUGGGUCUUUGAUGAAGUAAAGGUCUUCCUCAACUCUGCCAAACAGAAUGAAACACUGCUGUCUAAAUUACAUGAAGAACAGAAUGUGUUUUUCCUUCAUCUUCUGGGAAUAGACACCAACGGACAUGCUCAUCGGCCCAUGUCCACGGAAUAUCUAGAUAACAUUGGCCUGGUUGAUGCAGGCGUGGCUGAGAUGGUCUCUGUGUUUGAGGAGUUCUUUGGUAAUGAUGGAAAGACAGCAUAUGUUUUCACAGCAGAUCAUGGCAUGACAAACUGGGGGUCUCAUGGAGCCAGCCAUCCCUCAGAGACCCUCACUCCUCUGGUGGCUUGGGGUGCAGGGGUUCAGACAGCACAGAAAGCAACUUCUACUUCACAAAACUAUGAUGAUGACUUUUUGAAAGAAUGGGGCCUGGAAACAUACAGAAGAGUUGAUGUAAACCAGGCUGAUAUUGCUGCGCUAAUGUCGUCUCUCAUUGGAGUACCCAUUCCACUCAACUCUGUGGGUGUUCUGCCAUUACAAUACCUCAAUAACAGCCAGCACUUCAAAGCUGAGAACAUGUAUGCAAAUGCUAUUCAAAUCUUGGAGCAAUUCAAGGUGAAAAUGGAACAGAAAAAAGAGACCACCUUAUCAUUUCUCUUUACACCAUACCAAAUUCUGACAGACUCUAAGCAGAUGGAUUUUAUGCGUCAUGCAAGGGAACUGAUCCAGAAAGGACAGUUUAAAGAUGCUAUUAAUCUUUGUGACCUUCUAAUAAGCCAGGCCAUGGAGGGCUUAUCCUACUAUCACACCUAUGAUCGUUUUUUCCUAGGCUCCAGCGUGGUUCUGGGGUUUGUUGGGUGGACGUCAUACGUGGUGUUGGUCAUUUUAAAAACCCAUGCCAGUCUCCGCAAGCCACCUAUCAGCAGAGAUAAGAUGCCCGGGAGAAGUGUGGGGAAAGUGUUUUUGUGCAUUGGUCUGCUGGUUACACUCUUCCUGUUGCUUCAGGCCAGUCCCUUCACCUACUACAUUUACUGCCUUCUCCCUGUGCCAGUGUGGUACUCUGUCAUUAAAGAAUUUGGUACCUUUGUUGAUCUUAUAAGAUCCAUCCCUUCUCUACCAUUAAGUAAAUGCUGUGGAUAUUUUGUCCUGGUUACGUUUGGCAUAGAGCUGCUGGUUGUGAGCUUUUUCCAUCGGGCUAUGCUGACCCUGGGCCUGAUCACUCUAACACUGUGGCCGUUUGUGUCAGGACUUCAUAGAAGAGCAAAGUCCAGGUCAGUGAGCUGGGUGUUGAGCUGUCUGUGUCUUGCUGCGUUUCCUCUGUUGCCUGUUGUUGGACGAGAGCCCAACACUAACUACGUGUUGUGUGCUGGAGCUUUAACUCUUUUCAACUCCUUCUCCUACCUCUGGUCAUCACAUGGGCAUGUUGGCCUGCACAAGAGAGAUCGCCGGCUGUUCAUUGGCCAGAUGAUCCAGGUGGCGCUGUGUGCUUAUGUGUUGGCCAGCACCCACUCCAGCCUUCAGCUAAAGCAAGGCCUGCCACUGUUCAAUCAGCUCAUCAGCUGGAGCACUCUGGUUUCAUCAUUUUUUGUGCCACUGCUGACGUCUACACGGUUGUUCCAUCGGCUGCUGAGUAUCCUCUUGUCCCUCAUUUGUGUCUACCUUCUCCUCAGCACUGGGUACGAGGCCCUCUUUCCUCCAGCGUUGUCCUGGUUGAUGUUUGUGUGGAUUAAUAUGGAGCAGGAUGCCAUGGACACACAGGGAGCGUCCAGCACGACGGAGCUCCACAGGAUUGAUUUUGCUGAGACUAUUGACUUAACUAAAAUCAGGCAGUUGAAGCUGGAUGAUAUACGGAGAUCGUACUUCUUUGUCUUUUUCAUCAUUAUAGCAUUCUUUGGCACAGGAAAUAUUGCCUCCAUCAACAGUUUUGACCCAGCUUCCGUCUACUGCUUCCUAACCGUCUUUAACCCUUUCAUCAUGGGUGGCUUAUUAAUGUGGAAGGUUCUGAUUCCCUUCAUAAUUGUGAUGUGCACAUUUGAAACUGUCCAAGUGUCAACAAGGCUUUCAUCAAGAAGUCUUUUCCUCAUUGUGCUGGUCAUCUCUGACUUGAUGGCACUGCACUUCUUUUUCUUGGUAAAAGACCAUGGCAGCUGGCUGGACAUUGGUACGAGCAUCAGUCACUACGUCAUUGUCAUGUCUAUGACCAUCUUCUUGAUGCUCCUGAGUGUUAUGACGCACAUACUGACAUCCAAGAGGAUCCUGAUUGGACGUAGAUUAAAGAUGCACUUUAAGUGAGGACCUGCAGUUGGGCAUUUUGAGAAACAUAGUCACAUAAAUUAUAUCUAACAUUAUAAACAGGAACGAAGCACACUGAGUAUCCUGUUAAAAGCCUGGUGUGUGAGCAUGUGUGCAGGAUGCUUUUCUUGAUUUUUUACACUGUUGGAACUGUUUUAGUCAUGGUUAUAUAAAUAAGCUAUAAGAAGCAGCUGUGAAAUCCCCGUGCAUCAAUUUAAGAAUACACAUCAGACAGGGUGCAGUACCGUGACCCAUUACCCACCAUGCGGUAUGAUAUAUGUAAAUCGCUGCAGACACACAAAUCAAUAUCUAUUUUCCAAAUGUGCACACUGUGGGUUCUGUAGUUAUAGAUUUUAAAUUAUGUUUACAGUAUUGAGAUAAACUGGAUGUUUGAUAAACUUUUAAUACUGUUA